CUACUUUUACCUAAAUCAAAGUUCUGAAAACUUCUUCCAUCACUGCAAAUUGUGUAUAUUUAACUGUUUUAAUUUACAGUAUGUGCAGUUUUUGCUGUAUUGUAUGCAGAGCUGUUGGUGGUCAGUGCGACCACAAGGGGAAGCAGUCAGCUGCCGGCCUUGUGUAGCAUCAUGAGGCGAAGAAGACACUGCAGCCCAAAUUGAGUUGCUGAUGCGACAGGAAAAAAGUGAUUAUGGAGGUGGACGAGAUAGUAGUGAGCAGAAAUGAGCUCCAGAAGUUGGUCAAACAGAAGGUAAAGGAGAACAAGCUGAUCGCCUCAGAUGUGCUAGAGAAAUGCAUUCUGAUUCAAUCUCUUCUGGAUCGUAAAGAGCAACAGGCUGUCGAACUCCUGAAGCUCUGCAAGUCUGUGUCAGCAUUUGAAGCCAUUGUGAAGAAACAAUACUCUUUGCUGGGGUGGGAAUACAGAGACACUGAUUCUGAUGAUAAUGUUGAUUGUGAUGGUGACGAUAACAUACCAAGCUGUGAAACAUCUAUCAGCCGGAGGAGAGAACCAGUAGUGGUCUUAACCAGACUUUCUGAGGCUCAGCUAAAAUCUCUUUGUGCGCCGACGCAUCAGGAUCACCACAGUAAAUAUAAAUAUUCCAACAAUUCGGAUUCUGAUAUACAUUGGGAACCACGACAUGUCUCAAGUGAUUCUGAUUAUUCCACUUCAAGUAAAAAGACUGUGUCCAAAAAGAGGAGAAAAGGAGUUCAUAAGAACCAAAAACUUUCUCAAAGAAAUUCACAAGAUAGCACAAUUACCGGUUCUACGAGCAACAAAGGAAACAUAUCAAGACCCCAAUCACGUGCCAAUACCGAGGUUGAGAGUGCAGUAACAAAAACAUCAACACCAGCAGCAGAAACCAAAGGAUUAUGCCCUCUGCCCAAAGUAACUACUCUUUGCCAGAAGUCUGACAAAGUUACCAAGACUUCUCCCAGCGCGCCACUAGAAGUGAUUAAGGUUACCAUGAGGGUCGUGGCGAGAAGGACGACCAUGAACUGGCAACAGGGGGAAAUCAUCAAUAAAGUACAAAAGGAAGAUGGACGAUUAAAAUACAAGAUCCAAUUUAAUGACAAGGGGAAAAGCCUUGUCUCCGCCCACCAUAUCGCCUUUGAUUACAUGCCAGAAGUGGACAAGCUGUUUGUUGGGGCUCGUGUAGUGGUCAAGCAUCAAACUGAUGGGUGCCUGUUUUGCCCCGGGAUCCUGGCAGAGCUCCCAAGCAGGAAAAACCACAUGAGGUUCCUGGUCUUUAUGGAUGAUCACACGCCCCUCUAUGUGAACUUACCUAGCCUUCACCUGGUGUGCAGACCAUUGACGGACCCCUUGGACGAUAUUCCAGAUGGCAGACACAAGAGCUUCGUGCAGCAGUAUUUAAAGGUCUGGCCUUACCCGCCCCAGAUGCAGUACAGGGUUGGACAGGAAAUAAAUGCAGUACUAAAAGGAAUUAUGCAUCGGUGUACGGUGAAGUUGAUCGACUCCAGCUUGUUUCAAGUUCUAGUUUUGACAGAUCAACGUAAGGAAUGGAUCUACCAAGGCUCGACAUGCUUGGAACUCAAAAUGUGUCCUUCUGAGUCGUCAAAAAAGCAGGCAAAGAAGAAAACAUCUUCUAGAGCCGCUGAAUCCUCAAAGGUAGCUUCCUGAUGGAACCAUGGAUCUGAGAGAUCUGUGCUCCUAAGAUGAAAGGUGCUCUACAAGGAUAGGACUGAAAUGUUUUUUAAACGUACUGGGGGGAUCGGCAAUUAGCUUAACUUCCAGUUCUUCUGAAAAUGUACCAUUAUUCAAAAAUAUGAAUUUUUGUUUUUUGUAUGAUUGAUUAAUAAAUGAUGUGUUCAUUCCCAUGAA